UGAGUCCAGAGAUAUCUACUGGUGAUAGUUCGAGGUCGUCUGUCUCUCUUUGGAGGUUUGUUCAACAUGUCGCAGACUAUUGAUAUCAAGACCCGUCUUGCCUAUUCGCGAGCAUGGCAUUACGUCGACGUCGGUAGCGACUCUCGCACCCUCGGCCGACUGGCCUCCUCCAUCGCCCUCGUCCUGAUGGGCAAGAACAAGCCUAUCUUCGACCCGUCCACCGACUGCGGCGACUACGUCGUCGCCGUCGGCUGCCACGACCUCCGUACCACCGGCAAGAAGCGCCAGCAGAAGAAGUACUACACCCACACCACCCGCCCCGGUAGCCUGAAGAGCAUGACCAUGGACAUGAUGUUCGAGAAAUGGGGCGGCGGCGAGGUCCUCCGCCGCGCCGUGCGCGGCAUGUUGCCCAAGAACCGUCUGCGGGAUAAGCGGUUGGCUCGAUUGAAGACUUUCGAAGGUCUCCAUCACCCGUACAAGCAGAAUAUCAUCAAGGUCGGCGGCGCGCAGGAGUCGGUCAUCGGAAACCUUCCUGAGGUGCAGCACGCGUUCAAGGAGGCGGUCAAGGUGGGGACGGUGGCAUAGUACAAGGUCUUUUCUUCCGGACUCGAUUACAUGCUUGCCAACAGGGUACUUCAGUGCUCUGACUUUGUUUCCUGCCCUUGUUAACCGUUCUCCCCCUUCGCGGAUACCAAGCCGACGGUGUAUUCUUUUCCUGUACUUUUAUAUCCCGUACCAUAUUCUUGUACUCUUUUUGUGUCACGAUUACUUGCUAGCGCAUGGGUGGGCGUUCAUUUUCGUUGUCUAUUAUCAGCUUAUACAUUCAUCUGAUCUUGAUGUAUUGAGCGCCGGGGCCCUGGCCUCUAUACAUGCCUGUCGAUCUACCAUCUACCCCUUACGCCUUUGGACCUACGUGCGCGGCUUAUUUGCAUUGUCUUACUGGCCUACUGGAAAGCUAGAGAGCCGUG